AUGAAUUUUGACUUUAAAAUAUUUAAUUCAGCAGAACUAUGGCAGAUAGAAACAAGCUUACCUUCCAUACCGACUUUUAGUCAGAAUCUUGAUAAAGUUCUUGGCAAUGAUGGAAUACAACUAGGCUCUCUAACAGAGUUAUUGGGCUUACCGGGAUCAGGAAAAACUCAAUUGUGUUUACAGCUAUGUGCAUCAGUUCAAGUACCUAAAUCCUUAGGAGGACUUUACUCAGAAGCACUUUAUAUUGAUACCAAUACAAACUUUACACUGCAUAGAUUCAAAGAAAUACUGUAUUCAAGUUUAGAAAAAUGUCAAAGGAUACUGGGUACUCAAAUAUCAAUCUCUGAAGAAGAAGUAUUAAAGAAGCUUCAUUAUAUAAAAGCAAUAGGAAUCGAGAAAUUUUGUGCUUGCAUGUAUCAACUAAAAGACUUUCUUUCAGAUAAGCCAAAUAUAAAACUCAUUGUUAUUGAUUCCAUAGCUUUUCCAUUUAAAGAUGGAAUAUCUUUAAAACAAAGAACAGGCUUGCUAUUCAGAAUGAUGGCAGAUUUGCAAAAAUUAUCAAUUGAAAAACGAAUUGCUGUAGUAUUAACAAACGAAAUGACUACAAGAAUAGGCUUAUCUUCUGGAUCGAUAGUGGGGUCGCUCGGGGACGCUUGGGCACAUCGUUGCAAUAAACGGUUAUUAUUAACCGCGCCAAAACCAUUGGAAAAUAUACGACUUGCUUUACUAUUAAAAAGUAAUAAUGCGCCUGAAUCAGUAGGGAAGUUUCAGAUAACACAUGAGGGUAUACGGGAUGUUAAU